AUGUGGCUGGUCCUCCUGGUGUGCCAGCUUGGCCUACUUUUGAGAACUGAGGCACAGAUACCAGAUGCUUGCAUUACUAGUGAUACAAACAGAGCUCCAGAAAACUCGGACAUCACUGUUGUCUGCGGCACUGAGCAUAUGGACCUAAGCAUCUACAUUUGUCCAGUGUACCAAGCGCUUUACAAUGAGUCCUUGAUGGUCCUCAACAAUCAGUUGAACAAACCUGAGUGUUUUGGGACUCCUGACUGGAGUGUUAACCCACCAGUCCUAAAAUUCAGUUUCCCCAUUAAUGGAAGUUCUAACUCUGUCUGCGAAAAUAACUUUAAGAUAAUUAAUCAAAUUGGGACUGGAGAGUUUUCCGACUUCUCAAAUGUCCAGUUUGUCAACAUUUCUGGUAGCAUUACCUCUAUAGAUCCCUCUGCGGGUGUGAUCACCUACCGGCCGGAGAUCCUGUACAAGUUCUCCUGCCUCUACCCGAUGCAGUAUCUCCUGAACAACACUCAGCUGGGCGUAUCUGGUGUGAGUCUUGCCAUACGAGACAAUAAUGGGAGUUUCGUCAGCACACUGAGCAUGCAACUCUACCAAGAUGAAAACUACAAAGAGAUGAUGAUUGUCCCACCAACAGGACUCAACCUGAAGACUAAGAUUUAUGUGGCAGUUAAAGCGACCAAUCUAACAGAAAGGUUCAAUGUUCUGCUGGACAGAUGCUAUGCAACAACAAGUCCAUAUCCUACAGUCAACACCUAUUAUGACCUUUUUGUAGGGUGUACACGUGAUGCACAGACUAAGGUGGAUCUCAAUGGGGCGUCUCAGAAAGCACACUUCUCCUUUGAGGCCUUCAGAUUUGUGGAGCACAAAAAUCUGACGGUUUCCACUUUCUACCUGCACUGCGUCACCAGGCUCUGUGAGGUGUCCAUGUGUAGCAGACUAAUGCCUGAUUGUUCAAGUUCCCAAAGUCGGAGAAAGAGAGAAGCCCCAGAUGUGUUGGCCAACGCUACAGUCAGCUCGCCUGCCAUAGUUGUGGGCAAACAGAGCACUGGUUUGCCAUCUGAGAGCGGCUACAGCAGCCCUGUAGUGGCUGUGAUUGUCUGCAUCGUCGUCCUAACUAUUCUCCUUGUUGCCAUGGCUGUUUACUUUGUGUUGUACAUCAGGCAGAAAAAAACAAUCAUCCAGUAA